GGAGAACUCGGUAAGAUCAAGAUCUGAAGGGCAAAAGUUGAGAGCUUCUCUCUCGUGGGAUUUCCGUCCCACUUCUUUUGCGGAAAUGGAUUCGUCGUGUUCGUUGAUUUCUGCAGUUUAAUCGGUUGUUUUUGGUGGUUAUUUAGUCGGUUUCAUCUUUGAAAUACAUCUGUAUCUUGGAUUUGAAAUCUGCAGAAGUUACGCAGGUCAAAACCUAAAACGCAAAGGUGCGAUUACAGGUCGUACGCAGAACGAUUUAUGGUUUCAUGAUUUUGAGGUUCUAAUCUUGCUUUGUUUUAGUCGCAAUUUCCUGAAUUCCUAUUUUUGAAUUUCAAUUUGAGAUUGGAAGGAUGGUCUUCGACCAAAAAACAAAGAAACGAGUUGAUUGAAACGCAGGGUUACUGUUCAUGUCGGUUUUCAAUUUCGUUUGAUUUGCAAAAUCGUUUGUUUCUGGAAUUCGAGUGUUGUUAGGGGCUCACCCUAUUGUGGCGCAGUGUCCUAACUUGAUUGUGGAAGUUGGGGGAAGCUGAAGUUUCUGAAACGGGUCCAAGGUUACUGUUCCUUCGCGACUCAAGCACAGGGUUGCAAUAGCUCCUGUAACCAUGGCGAGGAAAAAACAGGGUGGGGCUGGGGUUUCCUCAACAACGACGUACACCAGCAGGUCAUCUCAGAGGUUUGCGUUAUUUGAAGGAUCAGAUGAGGAAUUCCCAGAGCUUAUCUCUGCUAUGAAUAGGACUGGGACUGUACCUGCUACGAUUGAAUUGCAAGCUGAGGCUGAAUCGGGUAAACAGCUGAUCUCAACAGAACCUGAGGUUGCUGGGAUUAAUAAAAAGGCUGGGAGAAAUGCGGAAGUAACCAAAAAGGCUAUUCCUAUGCAAACACUGCCAGUGAAGAAGACACUUCAGCUGCAAACUGCCAGUAAAGCUCUGAAACCUGGGGACCCUGCUGCAACUCUGGGAAGGAAUUCUCCAGCAACUGUAGAACAGGUAGUUACUCCUAAAAUACCAGCAGCUGUUCUGGGAGAAAGAAUCAAGGGAGGUGCUGGGCAGAAUUAUGUCUUGGCAGAAAAACCUAAGGCUAUUGCUGUUGAAUAUGAGGAAGAAACUGUAAAGGCUCUGACUAUCCCCAAAGAGGCUGAUAUGGGUAAUAAACCAUGGAACACACUCUUUAAGGAUAACCGAGCCCCAACUCAUGGAAUUAAAUUGAGAUUUAUCCAGCCGAAGGGUAAUGUUGUAGACUUUACUAAUAGGGUUAUGCCAACCAUGGUUGAGAUGUGGGGUCACUGUCUAGUUGGAUGCUUCACAGGUCGGUUCCCCGGCCUCAAGGCAGUAUAUGAAAUGAAAGAAAAAUGGGAAGUGAGGUGCCUUGUUAGGCCCCAUGACAAAGGUUGGAUUAUUUUCAAAUUUCAAAAUGAUGCGGAUAGAAUGAAAGUUUUAAAUGAGGGACCGUACACCAUUUUUGGAAAGCUUCUGAUGCUUAAGGUACUGUCAGAGGACUUCUCAUUUGAUGAUGAAGAAUUUCUCAAAGUGCCUAUUUGGGUUAAACUUCCUAACCUACCAUUGCAACUAUGGAAUGAGGAAGCAAUGAGUGAGGUGGCUUCUAUGAUUGGAACUCCUUUAACAACGGACCGAAUCACUCAAGAGAGGGCGAAUCACAAUUUCGCUAGAGUACUUAUCGAAGUUGAUGUGUCAAAGCCACCACCACUAUUGGUUCCAAUACGAUUACCUUUCCAAAAGGUUUUCAACCAACGUGUGGUGUACGAAACGUUUCCUAAUUAUUGUUUUCAUUGCAAAAAAUAUGGGCAUCACCCUUUUAUUUGUAAGGAGCUAGCUGAAAAGGAAAUAGAAGAGAAAAAUGGGAAAGAAAAGAACAAGGAGGUUGGUAUCAUAAAAACUGCUGCACAAGAUGCUUUGAAAGAGAGCUCAUGCCAUAUUGCUACCCGAGUGGAGAAAAGGACGGAAAUAGAAGAGGGCAAACUGCCCGAUGCUCAACUUGAGGAGGGAAAGAUCUUGGAGAAACCUGGGAAUCCAAAGCUUGAUAGCGACACGGUGAAUAAGGAGGUAGAAGCUGCACUUAAAGUUGCUCAACCGGUACAGGAAAGUGCAAUUGUUGCACCGCAGCCCCCUGCACCAAAGAAGGGUCCGGGUAAGAAAAUGGUGUUUAAAAUUAGAAAAUGCUAAUAUGAAUUAGUUACGGCCUAAUUUUCUGAAGGGAGUGUUAGUGGGGCGCUGGUCCAAUUUUGCUGGGAGACGUUUUUGUUUUGUUUAUUAGGAACCUGCUACUUCAUGCUGGAGGGUGAAGGUGGAACUUUGAGUGCUUUGACUUGCUGGAGGCUGCCACCCAUGUCAUUGGCAGAAUGUCAUGGAGAUUUAUUUUGAAUAAUAGAGAUUAGGGAAGAUAUUCGAAUUGGGGGGCUGUCCCAAUAUUAGUACUUUUGUGAUGCAUUAUAUCUAGUUAGUGUAUUCUAGCUUAGAUAGUCAUUUUGAUCCGAAUUUGAUACAUUGUAAAAUGUUAUUUCUGGGUGGUUUAUAUAUUUUUACAUUUCAUCCAAAAAAUUGAAAUCAGCGCCUGAAGACAAGUUUUAGAACUCAUUA